AUGGCCUCUAUCCUAUCCUUUGAAGACAUGCAUCGUCUGGUUUCUACCAAGCUCCAGUUCGUGGCGAAUCUCCCCCAUGGCGAUCAAGUUGAGCCAGAGUAUGGCGAGAACCUGCUGUCGCUUCUUCAUAACACCUGCAAGCAGCUCCAACAGUUGGAAGACGAGUUGAGACGUCAGCGAGAAGCACUCGCACUUGAGAAGUCUCAGCUUGCGACAGCAGAAUCGCAGGAGCUUCAAGAUCUUACCUCCCAAAUGGCGCACCUCAAGACUGGGCUGAAGGAUGACCUCCAGCAGUUUCUGCAAGCGCAGGAACAGCGCACCGCUGGCUACCAGGAGUCCAUUGAGGCCUUCAAACAGAAGGCUGUGGCUCAUAGUCGCACAAUCACCAAGCAGCAGGCAGUGAUCAACCAGCAGGUGGACCAAAUUGAGAAUCUAGAGAGCGAGAUCCAAUUGGAGCGCUCGGAAAAGCUGGUAGCCAUCAAGGACCUUGAGCAGGCACAAAAAGAAACCAAGUCCUGGAGGAAAAGAGCUUGGGAAGCCGAAAAACGAUCCAUUGUGCUGGAACGGGCAAAUUCACACAUAGUUCCGCCUGGUGGCAAGAUUGGCAACACGUCUAUGCUGCCGAUGUUGGGAGGCUAUGAUGAAAACUGA